UUUGACUUUUGUGGUUGAAAGUUGAGUUGAGUGAGUUGUGAUGAGCUAGCACUCAACUCAACUUUCUCAUUUUCACGCUCUCCAUUCUUUCCAUUUGUUUCUUUCUCAUGGCAGAAGAUCAAAUUCCAAAGUCCAAAUGGGAAGGCAAAACCUCUGCUGAUCUUGAAGGCUCAUCAGCUGAACAAGUUUGGCUUCUCCUGGCCGAUUUCUGCAGCUUACACAAGUGGUUCCCCGAUAUUGCCACGUGUUACCGAGUGGAUGGCGUCCCUGGCCAACCGGGUGUGAUCCGGUACUGCGCCCGUGCUCCUAUUGAUAAUGAUGAGUCCACCAUCAAGUGGGCCAAAGAGAAGCUACUGUCCCUUGAUCCAGUCCAACGGUGUUUGAGCUAUGAGAUUAUUGAGAGCAAUCUCGGGUUUAAGUCGUAUGUUGCGGUAAUGCAAGUAGUCCCGAUCAACGGCGGAGAUGGCAGCAUUGGGUGCAAGAUCGAGUGGUCGUAUGUUUGCGAUCCGAUUGAAGGGUGGGGAUUGAAUGAUUUUCGUUCAUACCUUGACUCUUCUCUUCAAUUGAUGGCAGAGAAGAUGACGGAGCAUACUCUUCUAUGUACCACUGGGUAACAAUAAUAUUUGGUUGCUAAUAUUGUUGUGUUGGUGUGUUUAUAUCUUAUGUAAAUAAUUCCAAGACUACAACAUUGUAGUAUGUUUAAUAAUUGAAUUUUUUAUUUCAA